UCACAUACAAUGUCAGGCUUGACAUAAUCAAUGUAGAAACCCAAGGUGGUCAACUACAGGGAAAGUUAAACUAUUGGAAUGAUGAGACUAUGGUCAGUGGUUCACAUGAAGUAAAAGGAAUUUUCAGCAGGGACACAAACACAUUCACAUUGCUUGGAAUUAAGUGGAUCAAGCAACCAGCUCGUUAGAGAGCCUUUUUUGUGUUGGCUGAUGGGAAUUUUGACAAAAAAGAACAAACAAUAUCAACAGUAUUUAAAGCUUAUGAUUUUUGCAUGAGUGGGAGAACAACGCUUCAUCGGCCAAAGAUUCCAACAACCACAACUCCAGUUGUAACAACUCCAACACCAAGGUCCAUACCCAGUCCUUGGAAUUGUUAUGGGUGGGGUGACCCACAUUACAAGACUUUUGAUGGGUUUCGUUAUGAUUUCCAAGGUGACUGCAAAUACAGUCUUGUCAGGGAUAUCAAUGGAUCAUUUGAGAUUGAAGUGAAGAAUUUUCGUGCAUUUCAUUUCAUCGCAAGCUCUGUGUCAGUCACAAAGUAUGCAGAUGUUUAUAUAGGCAAUGAUGUCAUACGCCUUGGACCAGGAAUAAAUGUUAAGGUUAACUCAACCAAAGUUACCCUGUUGCCCCACAAUUCUGAAUUUUACUCUAUUGAUGUUAGUGGAUCAAGUAUACAAUUCAACUGCCCAGUGCUGUCUCUGAAUGUAGUAUUCAACUUUGGCAUCAGUGUUUCACUUGGUGAACAAUGGAGGAAUAAGGUUGAUGGACUCUGCAAGAAUUUUGAUGGUAAUUUGACAAAUGACCAAUCAGAUGCUUCAGGUACUGAUAUUUCUGGACAACGGAAUAAGGGGACAUUGCUAGGAAACAGUUAUCAGGUGUUGGAUCCUGAGGAACCAAAAUGUAAAAGUUCUUUGACUGAAGAUCUUCCAGAUACUUGUAAGAAUGAUAUGGCAAAAAAAGAAGCCAAAGAUGUAUGUGAAAGUGUAGUUAAUCCUACUGGUCCAUUUGCAGAGUGUAUCAAAAGAUUGUCAAAAGAAUUUCUCCAGGAUUUUGUUGAAGAUUGCAUGGUAGAUUACUGUGAUAAUCCUGAGAAUGGAUGUAAUAUUGUGUCCAAGUUUGCUGAAGAGACAUGCACUCGAGAAGGUGUUGAUAUCCCAAUAUGGAGAGACGAUUUUGGUUGUAAAAUGGAAUGUGCGGAAAAUGAAGAAUACUUGCCUAAUGGUCCAGGGUGUGAAACAAAAUGUUUAGAAAAGGAGCAGACAUUUUGUAAUACUCUUAACAGAGAAGGUUGUUUCUGCAAAACUGGAUACAUAAGAUGUGAAGGAAAAUGUGUUGAUAAUAAAGAGUUCCGUGGGUCAUGGUUAGGAUCAUUUGACUGUAACAAUGUCACAUACAAUGUCAGAGUGGACAUAACUAAUGUUGGAGGCAGUGGUGAUGCACCAGAAGGAGUAUUACAUUAUUGGAACACUGAUGCAAUGAUUGAUGGUUCACAUGAACUAAAAGGGGUUUUAAGCAGAAACACAUUCACAAUGCUUGGAUUUAAUUGGAUUAGGAGACCAACUGGUCAGAAAGCCUUUUUUGUAUUAUCACAAGGGGAGUUCAAUGAUGAAGAGCAAACAUUUUCAGCUGAAUUUCAAUCGUAUAACCUUUGCAUCAGUGAGAGAACAACUCUUUAUCGAGGAAAGAGUAAAUAACAUUUUAACACUCUAUUUCAAUAAAUACCUAUUUUAGAUUUUGGAAAUGUAAAUAUUUUAAAAUGCUUAUAUUAGUAUCUGUUUAAACCAAUAGUGGUGAUUUUAAAACUGUUACAGACACCUACGCUGAGCACAGGUUGUCAAAACAGUGGAUAUAACAAUAUGUCACCACUUCUUGGUGGUGAAAUAAUAAUGAAAAAUAAAUAACAUGAAAACACAAACAUGAAAUCUGAUAUGAGGGCCAUAAAACUCAAGUGAAAUUUGAUAUUUGAGUAAAUAAAUUGGCUUUUUAGUAGUACAAGGCCUGAGACCACUA